AUGUCUAUACAAGCAUACAUCUCCUCGGCGCAAAUUGAAGGCGAAAUGCACAAAGUCUUACAUUCUCCUGACGAAUUCCGCAAAAUGCAGUUUGGCCUUAAAUAUUCGGUGGCGUUGUACGGACUCUUUUUUGGCAACGUGUGUUUGCUGAAUGCCCAGAAUUACGAUUGUCAAGUUUUGCUGCAGGACAAGGAUAUUACUAAUACUGACUGGGCGAGCUUGGAGCCCUGCCUAGGUGUGGCCAACAGUGAGGGCAUAUCGGUCAAUACCAGUGAGAAUGUGUGGCGCCUAAUAAAAAUUGCUUUCGAUGGCGUCGAGAAUGUACCGGCGGAGGUGUAUGGCAAGAUACGUUUGGUGCUACCUGCUAUCAGCGUAAUGGAGCUGUCCAACAUCAGCAUGUCGCGCGUAGAGAUAGUGGAAGCCUUUGGUGGGGUGCACACCUUGAGCAACGACACGAGCAACGGUUUUAACGACGAACAGAUGCAGUUGAUUGCCAGCAAAGCACGUUAUGAGUGGCUAGGCAAGGGACCGGAGACGUAUUCGGAGUAUGAUUUAAUUUCGAUGGGCGAAAUCGUGUGUCAUCUGAAUGAAAGUGACAUUGAGCGCAUGCAUGCGGAUGCUUUCAAAGCGGCCGCCGAAAGGAUUGGUGGUAUCGAAACUUGUCCACAAACACAAUUGCAAGCAUUUGCCAAAUUAGCUUCGCGAAAAGAUGCCUUUGGAGAUGUGAAAAAUUGGUCCAAAAUUGAUGUUAGUAUAAUCGGCAACAUUGUUAACGGAUUAACACAAUCUGAAUUAGCUGUUAUUGACGAGAAUAAACUAAAGCUUAAUCAUUUCUAUGUACAAAAACAUAAGAAGAAUGGGAAAGGACGAAAUGGAAAAGGAAUUUCCGCAGCUUCGAACACUAAUCAGACGGACGUCAAUAAAUCUCACAGCCGCAAAGCAGAGUAAGAAGAAGCAGUGAGUUGCAGAAGUUAUGACUUUUUUUAGCUGUCAUAAGGCAAGACUUUUCUCUUUUUAGUUUUUCAGUAAAAGAGAAAGCUUUUGAGAGAUUUUAUUUUCAAUAAAAUAAAAAAGCUUUUGGGAAUACCGAAAAUUUUCAAAGCAAUCGCAUGUGCCCUUAAAAUGGUUAAUAUAUUUUAUUAAAC